AUGACUGUUCACCUAGUACGUUUGCUCAUCGAUUCAGGCUCAGAAAUCACUUUUGUUUCUGAGCAGCUUGUCCGCCAGCUCAACAUUUCUCGACACCCAUCAUCGCUUAUAAUACAUGGAAUUGGAGGUUCAAGAACAACUCAAACACUUGGCGCUGUCAAGCUCACCUUGGAAUCUCUGCAUUCACAGGACAACAUCGAGAUUCAUGCUCAUAUUUUAAGAGCGGUUACAUCGAUCAUCCCAUCGACAGAGGUAACAGUCAGAAACUGGCCACAUUUACAAAACUUGUCUCUUGCAGAUCCAGAGUACUAUCAGCCACGCUCAGUUGACAUUAUUCUUGGUGCCGAUGUCUAUGGCCAGGUAAUCAAGCCUGACAUUAUCAGGGGUCACUCAGCAAUGCCCAUUGCUCAAUGUUCAAUUUUCGGUUGGUUGAUCCUUGGACCUACCAAUUCAGUUCGCUCAUCAUCCGUGCCCACCCACAAUGUCUCCGUUCAACGAGAGGAUAAAGUAAAGGAGUUGCUCACCAAGUUCUGGGUUCAAGAAGAAUUGCCUCGUGACGAAUCUCCAUUGCUCACACCUGAAGAGGAAGAAUGUGAAGCACAUUUUUGUGCAACUCACUCGAGAGAUUCAUUUGGACGUUACAUAGUGCGAAUUCCACUCAAGACAUCAGCAUCCACUCUAGGACUUUCCUACCAGACGGCCUCAAGAUGUCUCCAACGAACGAUUCGACGGCUCAAGAGAGACUCUGAGUACGGUCAGCUCUACUUAAAAUUUAUGACGGAGUACGAGCAACUGGGGCAUAUGAGACGAGUCCUGGCGGAUGCUUCACCUCCUGAGGUGACCUUAGCACGUGAUGUUUCGACAUCAGGAGGGUUGAGGGCUCUGGGAGAACGGUCAUCCGACUGCUCGACAGCACAUUCCCCUUAUUACUUGCCUCAUCAUGGAGUACUAAAGCCAGACAGCUCAUCAACUAAACUCAGGGUUGUAUUCAACGGCUCAAGCUCUACAUCUUCAGGAAAAUCAGUCAAUGACAUAAUGCAUACCGGAGCCAAUCUGCUGCUCAAUAUCGUGGAUGUGCUCACGUGGAUUCGUUCACCAUUGCCACAUUUUUGCCACAGACAUCGUCAAAAUGUAUAG